AUGCUAGAGAUUUCAGGGUAUGGAUGUUCUUUUCAAGAGCUGGAUCAGAUGAGGCAUUUCUUGGGGAAGUUGGAAUGUCUCGAAACUGUGAAAGUUGGUGUUGACGCAGACAACAACAGUAAGCUCUUGCGAGCUAAUUUGCUGUCUCUCCCCAGACUUUCAUCAGAAUGCAACAUCCAAUUCAUCUGA